GUCCUCGGGUAAUACAUUUGGCAGAAUAAUCAAUUGCUCUGUUCUCUCUAUCCUACCCGUUGUCUCAGUACAAACAUUUCGCUACACCCGCAAUAACAUCUGCUAAAUGUAUGUAUGCGACUAAUACAAUUUUAUUUUAUUUGGAUUUGAAGUAAACUGUGGCGUGAAGUCGACUCGAGUGCGAAAGUGCGCAUUCUCCAGCACUCGCGUGUGUGGGAAACUUCAUUGGGUACGUUACGGUGUAUAUGGACACUUGUCUACCGGAUUUCUAUCACUGUUCUGAAAAAAAAGACAUUCUGAAGAAAAUAUACUGUUUGCAGUGUUUUCACUGGACAUCUAGCCUACCUCAACACAGUUUGAAAGGACACAAUACGUUUAUAAACGCUGCGAACAGGAUGACUAAGGUGAUUAACACACAGGAACCUGUGAUGGAGGACUUCAGUGUAGCUGCAGCUGUGUCAGGGGAUCAGGGCAUACCCUUUCAGAUCUUCCCUGAUACCCAUGAGAGGAAUCCCAAGCUGUCCAAGAGACUUCCCUCUAUUGUGGUGGAGCCCUCUGUUGGGGGCAAUGUGGAGAGUGGGGAACUCCGCUGGCCCCCUAAGGAUCCCAACUCUGUUGAGGUCCCAAGUGGGAUACAGCCCUACAAACACACACCUCUUCAGACCACACAGGACCAGACUGCAGAUGAAGAUCAGAAUCUUGAGGUGCAGGACAGCAGUGAAGUGGUGUCUGGGGCUGUAGUAGAGGAAUCUAACUGAGAAGAUCAUCCAUCCACCUCCACAGCUGCUCUCGCUGUGAAUGUGUCCAGAGUAAGAUAGAUAGGCAUGGUCACGGAAGAGAGGUUAGGAGGUACUUGGAGGGUCAUAACCCUUACCUGCACACUGCCAGAACGAACACAUAGGAUUUAAUUUGGAUGUUUAAACUGGACAGCAAUCUGUAAAGCUGUCUGAAAUAUCUUGCUCACAUUUGCCAUACUACUGGUGGUAGCUACUUUGUGCAGUUUUCAUAUACAUGCAAACUAGAUCACAGCUACGCAGCACUCUCAAAGUUGCAAUAUGUAACUUUUUGGGCAACCCGACCAAAUUCACAUAGAAAUUUGAGUUUUAUAGACGUGAGUUUUAUAGUUGUAUAUUUUCAUUCUCAUUGGAAGCAAGUCUAAGUGUUAGAUAUGUUCUAGGUCCACUAUUUAUAUGCUUCCCAUUCUUACGUUUUGUUUUUGCGUCUUUUGCUUUCGGUUUUGUACACCAGCUUCAAACUUAUGAAAAUACAACAUUUUUGGUUAUUGAAAAGAUAUUUCGUGGCGGUUUAGAUGCUUGUUUUUUCACAUAAACUCAAAUGAGGCAAACUAUUCUAAUUUUAACAACCAGGAAAUGGCAGUGCAAUAUCUGCAUAUUGCACCUGAAUCAUUUUGUUUUCCUUGCUCUGUAGAAAUGCUGAUACUGUGUAAAAACAUGGAGUACUUUUUAACAACUGAGGUGUUUUUGAAAAGCAGCAUGUAAAGUUGUGUCCAGCAUAUAGACUCCAAGUAAAAUUUAAGAUGCAUAAAGUGGUGACAACUGUGGGUGUAGUAAAAAAAAAAUACUAUUCUGGUUGACAGUUUUUUUACGUCUGGCUUCAUAUGUGUCAGCCUGUGCCUAUAUACCUAUCCCCCUCUCUCUCACCCCCUUCAUGUGUCGUUCUGCCCCUGAACAGGCAGUUAACCCACUGUUCCUAGGCCGUCAUUGAAAAUAAGAAUGUGUUCUUAACUGACUUGCCUGGUUAAAUAAAGGUAAAAUAAAAAAUAAAAAAUAUAUCCCCUCCCAACCACACACAAUCCUGGCGUGCAAUCCCCAUGUCUGAUGGCUCACUUGAAUCUGGUUUCCUGGUAAAAGGUCAGAUACAAUGUUUUCAUCUAGACAUGAGUGGCAGGGUCUCAAUCUUAUUUUUCCAUCUCUUUCCUUUUUGAAUGUGACAUUUCAGCUGACAAUUUAGUGAAGGUCCCACUCCUGGGAACACGAGUGGGCAGGAUUGGAGAGCAAGGAGUGAGACAGAAAAAGUAAUAUGGUGUAGAUAACCUUUUGACAUUUGAAAAAUAUAUAUAUUUUUGAGAAAUGGAAGAUCAAUACUGUGCACUAUUUAAGACUUGCAGGCCUUAAUGCUCAAAUCAGUUUAGUUUUUCAAAUCCAUUUUGGACUACUGUCUGUCCAAACAGCAAGUUACAAGUGAACAAAUCAGAUUUGUGUGUUCAGACAGCAGUCAGUUGCUGAUAAGGCUAUGCUAGUUGUCAUAGUAAUUGCGGGUGUGUGUGCAGUCAGUGUUGUAAAGUACAGUACUUACAACUAGUUGUUUAUUGGGGUAUCUGUGCUUUACUAUUUAUAUAUUUGACAGCUUUUACUUCAUUACAUUCCUAAAGAAAAUAAUUUACUUUCUACUCCAUACAUUUUACCUGACACCCAAAAGUACUUGUUACAUUUUGAAAGGAAAAUGGCCCAAUUCACACACUUAUCAAGGGAACAUCCCUGGUCAUACCUACUACCUCUGAUCUGGUGGACUCACGAAACACACAUGCUUUGUUUGUAAAUUAUGUUGGAAUGUGACCCUAGCUAUCCAUAAAUUGGAGAAGCAAGAAAAAUGUGUUGUCUGGUUUGCGUAAUAUAAAUCAUUUGAAAUGAUUUAUACACUGCUCAAAAAAAUAAAGGGAACACUUAAACAACACAAUGUAACUCCAAGUCAAUCACACUUCUGUGAAAUCAAACUGUCCACUUAGGAAGCAACACUGAUUGACAAUACAUUUCACAUGCUGUUGUGCAAAUGGAAUAGACAACAGGUGGAAAUUAUAGGCAAUUAGCAAGACACCCCCAAUAAAGGAGUGGUUCUGCAGGUGAUAACCACAGACCACUUCUCAGUUCCUAUGCUUCCUGGCUGAUGUUUUGGUCACUUUUGAAUGCUGGCGGUGCUUUCACUCUAGAGGUAGCAUGAGACGGAGUCUACAACCCACACAAGUGGCUCAGGUAGUGCAGCUCAUCCAGGAUGGCACAUCAAUGCGAGCUGUGGCAAGAAGGUUUGCUGUGUCUGUCAGCGUAGUGUCCAGAGCAUGGAGGCGAUACCAGGAGACAGACCAGUACAUCAGGAGAUGUGGAGGAGGCCGUAGGAGGGCAACAACCCAGCAGCAGGACCGCUACUUCCGCCUUUGUGCAAGGAGGAGCAGGAGGAGCACUGCCAGAGCCCUGCAAAAGGACCUCCAGCAGGCCACAAAUGUGCAUGUGUCUGCUCAAAUGGUCAGAAACAGACUCCAUGAGGGUGGUAUGAGGGCCCGACGUCCACAGGUGGGGGUUGUGCUUACAGCCCAACACCGUGCAGGACGUUUGGCAUUUGCCAGAGAACACUGAGAUUGGCAAAUUCGCCACUGGCGCCCUGUGCUCUUCACAGAUGAAAGCAGGUUCACACUGAGUACGUGACAGGCUGGAGACGCCGUGGAGAAUGUUCUGCUGCCUGCAACAUCCUCCAGCAUGACCGGUUUGGCGGUGGGUCAGUCAUGGUGUGGGGUGGCAUUUCUUUGGGGGGCCGCACAGCCCUCCAUGUGCUCGCCAGAGGUAGCCUGACUGCCAAAGUUGGAUCAGCCUGUAGUGUGGUUUUCCACUUUAAUUUUGAGUGUUACUCCAAAUCCAGACCUCCAUGGGUUGAUAAAUUUGAUUUCCAUUGAUCAUUUUUGUCUGAUUUUGUUGUCAGCACAUUCAACUAUUUAAAGAAAAAAGUAUUUAAUAAGAAUAUUUCAUUCAUUCAGAUCUAGGAUGUGUUAUUUUAGUGUUCCCUUAAUUUUUUUGAGCAGUGUAGUUUUACUUUUGAUACUUAUAUCUAAAACCAAAUACUUUUAGACUUCUACUCAAAUAGUAUUUUACUGGGUGACUUUCACUUUUACCUGAGUAAUUUUCUAUUAAGGUAUCUUUAAUUUUACUCAAGUUUGACAAUUGGAUACUUUUUCCACAACUGUGUGCGGUGGUGUAAGCUGAUUGGUGUUGAUGUUAGUGCUUCCUACACCUCAGAAGUUAUGUAUCAAGUUAAGGUGACAACAAUGCCUGCCAUGUACAUUUCCCAGUUUAUUUUAAUGUUCAAAAUCAUAGGGUAAGAACACGUCUAGGGUUUUUGUAUAUCUAUGGGGUUUUGGUAUGCCUAGGUAAAGGUAGGUCUAUGGUGGCCUGAGUUGGUUCCCAAUCAGAGGCAGCUGUUUAUCGUUGUCUCUGAUUGGGGAUCCUAUUUAGGUUUCCAUUUUGGUUUUGUGGGUUAUUGUCUAUGUGUAGUUGCAUGUCAGCACUCAUGUCUUAUAGCGUCACGUUCGUUUUGUUGUUUUGUUUAGUGUUCUUUGUGUAAUAAAAUAAUAAUGUAUUCUUA